AUGUGUUCCACGCAAACUCCCACUACCCCCAAGAUUAACGAACUGAAUUCUGGUUUUGGCGUUGAAGUCCAGGGCCUUGACUUCUCAGAAGGUAUCUCUGACAAUGACCACGCCUUUAUUGAGGGGCUUGUCAAGAUUUACGGUGUAGUGGUUAUCCGCAAGACCAAGCUAGACGAUGCAGCCCAUAUUUACCUGGCACGCAGAUUUGGAGAGCUGGAUGAUGUCAAGCCGUAUAACAAAGCAGGGAGAGUUCACCGCCUGGCCUAUGACGAACUGUUCGAUGUCGGCAACAUGGAGCAUGAUGGCUCUAUUGUUGACCCUAGCAGUCCUCGGGCACAGGCCAAUAGGGGGAACAGCCUGUUCCAUGUCGACUCGAGUUUCAACCCCCGUCGGGCGGGUUACUCCUUACUCCUGUCUCACGAGCUGCCACCUAGGAGUACUGGCGGUAGUACGGAGUUCUGUGACACCCGAGCUGCAUGGGACGACCUUGAUGAAGCUACCAAGCAAGACCUGCUGUCAAAAGACUACAUUGCCUGCCACUCCAUCCUCCACUCCAAGAAGAUUGCUGCGCCAGAGCACUUUUCUAAUAUAGAACCCGCCGAUUACCCCAUGGGUCGUCAUCGUCUAGCUCAGAAACACGAGCGAUCGGGCCGCAUGAACUUGUACCUCGCCAAGCACAUCCAUCAUAUUGAAGGUUUGUCGACGGAAGAGUCACAAGAGCUUUUCGACAAGCUCUUCGACCAUGCCACGCAGGAUAAGUAUCGCCUUGAAGUGGAGUGGCGCAACGUGGGGGACCUGGUCGUCUGGGACAACACCUGCACCAUGCACCGAGCAGUUGGAGGACCUUUUGCCUUCAGUGAUGGCGUUGGUGUUCCCAAAAAGCCCCCCUGCGUAGCCUGCCAUCAUUCGGGGAGCGAAUGUGUCCUCGCCGUGUCGCGUCGAGGGCGGCAGGCCACGAGCGGAGUAGCUGUUGGUUCCGAUAACAUCACUAUUGCCCAACGUAGUGAGUCUCUUGACGCAAUCACAGUCUCGCCGCAGGCACCGGACUAUCCUUCAGACGCAGAGAUGCAAGAGUACGCAGCAGACGAACCGCCUGAGCCUCUACGCAUGGCACUCCGGAACCCUUCCGAUGCUUUACAGAUUCUGGCGUAUUCACAAGAUGACUCCCCUGUUUCAACUCGUUCCCUGUCUAUCGCAUACUCCGAUGCUACUGGGCGGUUGGCCCCCCAGGCUACCUCUCCUGCACAUAGCACGACCUACGGUAACCGGCCAACACCUAGUUUUAUUCUUGAUAACUACGAACUGGUCCAGAGGGGCUUAUUACAUCCGAGUAUCUUGCCUGAGCUUCUGCACAUAUACGUCAAGAACUACCAUCCCUAUUGUCCCAUCGUGCCAGAAUACUUUCUAGGCUCAUCGGGCUUGGAGAGAAUCCAAAAGCCUGACUAUUUCCUUCUCACCAUUAUUCUGACUAUUGCAUCAAGAGACUCUCCGAAUCAUGCGCUAGUACAUCGCUAUUGCUGGGACCAUACCCAACAUCUCCUUCUCCAAGUACUCCUCGCACAUCCAUGGUCCCAGACUCCCCGAACUGUCGAGGGCCUCAUACUGUUAUCAGAAUGGUUACCGCACAUUCAGGCUGACCGAGCCACCUCGGAAACUCACAAGAGUCUAUCCAGUGAGGACAGAACGGCUUGGUCUCUCGUUGGCCUCGCUGUACGGUUGGGCUAUCUUCUUCGUUUGGAUACGGCUGCUUUCCGGAACUUCAUUGACGACGAAUCAAAAGAACAAGAGGAGCGGAAGCGGCUGGUAUGGAUUUUUGUUUAUCUUUUGGAUAGACAAAUAUCCGUUCGCUUGGGCCAUUCAUUUUGGUCUCGUGGCCCUGCACUGUCGUCACACUUCACCGAAAAGGACUUCCCGAGUCUGAAAUCUACAUCCGGCGUCAACGAUCAGAGCUACGCGUCGGUUCUCGAAGCAACCCUCGAGCUCACUCAACUCCUCUACAACGCUCAUCAGAUUCUAUAUCCAUCUGCCGACAAAACGCUCACCAUGGUACACAAUGGCGACUACCCGAUAUACCUGGAUGACUUUGACCGCUCCAUCACGACGUGGCAUGCCAAGUGGAAAGAUGUCCAAGGACCAAUCAAUGUCAAAACCACUCUCAUGUUGACAUACGAAUACACACGUUUGUAUGUCAACGCCUUCUCCUUUCAGGCGGUCGUCAUACGAAAGUCGACUCCGCGUUCUUCUUCGCAGCCUAGAAACAGACAACCGCACCCUGACCAAUUCGCUCAUGGCAUCAUGUCACUGCCAGAUGGUAGAUAUGUCUUUGACGCCACGCAAGCGGCGAAAAGCCUCCUGGGUCUCUUUAGUCGUCUUGAGCCACGGCGGGCAUUGUGUUACCUGCCUUCACGUUUUCAUUUAUACGGGGUGUACGCAGCUGUGUUCCUCCAUAAAACACAAAGUGUUGGAGUCUUUCAGUCCGCUGCUGAGAGGCAAGAAGUGACCAAUCUUGUGUUGCAGUUUAUUUCCAUCAUGAACGAAGCUCCACUGGUCGGAACACAUGUAUGCCAUGGGUACAGUGUCAUGCUUAAAAGACUCUGGUGUCCACGCGACGGAGACAACUCCUCUCAAGGCCAACAUAGUCCUGGAAUGGGCCAAAAUGCGACAAGCCGAGCGAUGGCCGACCAAAGAGACAUCGAGACUACUGUUAAUUCUUCAAAUAUAUCACACCAACUUGAAAUGCAACAGGGGAGCGGUCGGGAUAGAUUCAACAGCAUUUUUGACCAUGGUGAGCUGGAGUGUAUCGGGGAGGAGUUCUGGUUGGGGAAUAAUGAGCCAAACCUCCCGUCAGUCGAGGAGUAUCUCUUGGGAUCGUUCUGGCCUGGUAUCACGGGGUUUGGGAUUGACAAUGAAUCUCGGCCUGAUCAUCAACGCGAGAGCCAACCUACGAUGGGCAGGCUUUAG